GUGUCGACUACCAUAGCCUUUUCUAUCAUAGCCUUCUACGUAACAGUACAGCUGGAUUUUGUACGACUGUCCCUCAAUAACUGCUGUCUUUUUGAGAUUGGCAACCUUUACAUGCCCAUUACGUCUAAGAUAUAUACAAAAAACCGUAAUACUAAAACGAAAACAGUUGUUUUCAUGUAUACAGAAAGACAUGGGGCUUUUGAACACAACCCGACCCUUGAUACGUCAUUGCCUGGCGAUAUUCUUGCUGACAAUUCACACAGACCUGUGUUUUGGCAGAAAUAUCCAGGCCAGUGUCGGUGGUAAGUCGUCACCUUUCCGAGCCGAAAAAGAAGCAAACAGCUUCCUACAAAGAUCAUCGAGACACAAGAGGUCGCUGUACCACGAGUGUUAUGUCGAAGGUUGUAGCUUCCAUGAAGUCGACGAGGUCUUGAGCUACGAGGGAUCGAGAGAGUACCUGUACAACAUGGCGUGCAACCAAUGGCCAUGUGUGACUGGCUGCACAUGCGCCAAAGCGCAUCCAGGAGGGAAUCCUGGGAGUGGAUCACAUUGGAGGAGGUGUGACGAUAUCAACGAGUGUCUAACCAACAAAGGAGGGUGCCGUGAAGACCAGUACUGUGUCAACGCUCAUUGUGGCUACUCCUGUCCAGCAUGUACCGCCAUCGCUAACUGUGAGCGACUGAUCUGCACCACCGCCAGUAACCACCAGUGUAACCGCUGUAACUUCGACAGAGGCGGGCAGGUCAUAGCGUACCAGCGAGUGGCAUCAGGCGGCUACCCCAAUAGAGUCUGUGAACAACGAUGCUCGUGGCGCCCCGACAGCAAGUUCUGCUACCCCGGCCGGUGUCCAGGAACACCCUCCACCUGCACAUGCGCACCUGGGUUCGGCGGGAACAACUGUCUCGCAAUUUCUUCCCAGCCGACUAUCAUGCAUUGCCUGGCGAAGCUGCAGCGGAUAGUAGGCGGAGCGGAGAGAGACACGCUGGAGGCCGACUGUGGGGCUGUAACAGCGCCCUCUACCGUCUAUGUUGGGAGGCACAUCGCCUACAACAGACUCCAGAUGACAUGGGACAGUAGUUGGAUCGGACCGACGGCUGCUGACUGGCCGAGACCGUACUACAUCAACGACUUCCGGGUUGGCAUUGUCACAGCGUCCACAACUUGGAGACUGCUCAGAGGCGGAUCAGUACUGCGGUCAGGGACAAUCACGUGCGACAUCGGGCACAACAGGGACAAUCCGGAUACCAACCUGCACGACUGUGUGGAUCAUGGCGACUUGACCCUACCGGCACUCCAGCAUGGCGACAAGCUGGAAUUUAAAGCCCGAGCCACCAACGGCGGUUAUGUCGUCAUCAACAACCACGACCGCUCAAACGGGGUCGUGACCCAGAACCCCCGUCAGUACUACCAAGGGUCAGAGGUCAUCCACACUGCCCACUUCACCUAUGACCUCCGUGACCCCGUCCACUGCUCCGUUGCCAGCAGUUGCUCCUCCAAAAUCAUGGAGAUCGGUCCUCCAUACACUAAGAAUGGACAAAUCCAGCUGCGCUGGCCAGGCUGGAGUGACGAAGGUUCAGGUCUGGGCCGGUAUGAGUACGUGGUGUACAAGCUCCAGCCGUACGGAGAUGUGCUGGGUAUGAGGUCCGUCACUCCCGUCAUGUCAGGGUCUCAGAACGUGUCAGGAGGAGCAGGGAUGGUAGACGUGACACUGAGUGAACCAGGUACGUACUGCUUUCUGCUGACGGUUGAUGACGUUGCCGGAAACUACCAGCGUGCCAGGCGGUUCCUGAUCUAUGAUGACGUCAACAACGUGACGGUGGACGCGCACCAACCACUGUGGGCCGACAGCGCAGCUGCAAACACAAGUCAUCUGUGGCAGACCAAUCUCCAGAACUCACUAGGGACGGGGACAAAGAUUUCUCUGAAGUGGCCCGGACGAUACCGGAACCUGUUCCACCAUCAGCACAAACUGCUGGCCGCCAUAGAGCCGUACGACCCUCCCAUUGCAGCAGGGUACGAGGAAGUCACUGGGCUUCCCCCUCUACAAAGAUCUCGGCAGGCCAUUCCCAACACUUACGGAAUCAUGAAAGUGGAGACCGUGUUCGCUGUGGACCACGCCGGCGGGCGGAACAUCACCACUCCUUCGGACACCUGGACAGCAGUACCUGACGUCACGGCUCAGGGAGUUGAUCUGGACAUCCCGAGAGUUGACGGUGACUCCGUGCGGUUGUGGUUACGAGCUUUCGACAUCGUGGACAACUUUGUUCAAGAGGAGGUCCUGUUACAUGUGGAUUCCUCUCCACCUGUAGUGCAGAACUUCUGGCUGAACAGACACGGGGUACCAGCUCUGGCCGUGCACCACUCGUCUGACCUGCUCACGAUGAGGUUUGAAUUCGAGGCGUUUGACGACCACAGCGGGCUGCACAACAUCCACUGGAGUCUUCAGGACUUCCUCAACAGCUCCACUGUACACGGGGAGGGGCAGGUGGCUGUCAGAAGACCGUCUGUCCUACAUCCCGAGUGCGACCCGCCUCACUGCGCCUGCAUCCCGAAGGACAGCGAGUGUUACUUCCGGAACUACGAGAUCGUGCCCGACCUCAGCAAGAUGGACAUCCCUGUGGGUUCACAUGAUCACGAUUACGUCUUCGUCAUCACGGUAACCAACAACGCCAUGCUGGUGACGACAGUGACGUUUCAAAUAACCGUGGAUGAGAGCCCUCCCACCCCGGGUCACAUGCAGGACGCGCUGUCGGGACAGAGGGACCUGGACUUCCAGCAGGACCCGCAGCUGCACGCCUGGUGGGACGGUUUCUUUGACCGGGAGAGCGGCGUGCAGUUCUACCAGUACGGCUUCGCUAACAGGUGUCUGGGGCAGGACGAGUUCGGGAUCCCACAGCCAGAGCAGAUACACAACACCACAGGAAAGUUCGGUUCGUGGACAGCACCUGCAGCCGGGACGUACUUCUGCACAGUGGUGGCGUACAACCCCGCCCUGACACUAUCCCACCCGGUCUGUUCGGACGGCAUCACUGUGGACGCGUCACCGCCUUCCGUUCGCCACGUCAAACUCUCGGGGUAUCACGCGAGACCUGGGCUGGUGAGCGAUGACGGAGGGAACGUGUGGAUUGUGAACAAGGACGGGGAACGAGAGGUCGUGGAAGACCCACCCGAGAGUUGCAGUCUUGGUCUAUGA